CGCAGUUGUUUAUUUUGAUUUGGUCCCGCCAUGCUAAAAUGUCUGUGCCGUCAGAUUGGCAAGAAUUUCGUCCUUAAUCUAUAAUCCAGAUCGUUUCCUCCUCAAGAUGAGUAUGGUAGGCCUGUCUACUCAAGCGCCCACGUCGGCUGACGCAUGUCUCAGCAUCGUGCAUAGUCUCAUGUGCCAUCGCCAGGGUGGAGAGAGCGAGAGUUUCGGCAAACGAGCCAUCGAGAGUUUGGUGAAGAAGCUGAAGGAGAAGCGGGACGAGCUAGACAGCCUCAUCACAGCAAUUACAACCAACGGGGCACACCCCACCAAGUGUGUCACCAUACAGAGAACUCUGGAUGGCAGAUUGCAGGUGGCUGGGAGGAAGGGCUUCCCACAUGUGAUCUAAGCCCGCAUUUGGCGUUGGCCGGACCUCCACAAGAAUGAGCUGAAGCAUGUCAAGUUCUGUCAGUACGCCUUCGACCUGAAGCAGGACAGUGUGUGCGUCAACCCGUAUCACUAUGAGAGGGUUGUCGCUCCAGGAAUAGAUCUGUCAGGACUUACCCUACAGCAUGCAGGUGAGUACUCAGCCAAGGACCAGUACUCCGCCUUAGUGCUGCGUCCUCCUGGCCGACUUGUGAAGGAUGAAUACGGAGGAGAGAUCCAGAUGGACCGAGCGUCGACCUCAUCUGACGGCAACCAGACAGUCCAACAUCCACCCUCUGAAGGCUUCAAUAGGCUCAUAGUUGGCGAGUGUUUCUCUGGUCAAGGGUCACCGGCCCCUCCAACAACAGUCCAGCACCAGCAGCCUACCAGUGUCCCUUCGGCGACGCCCUUGGGUCCGGGGGCAGGGGCCGUGUCCCUCCAACACCCCCUCUCCCCCCAACCCCUCUCCCCCUCCCAACCGCCGGCCGCGCCACCUCAGCCGCAGCCACCGUCACAACCCUCGUCAGCCCCGCCCGGUGUGGAGCUGACUCAAGCUAGCUCGACAACAACGUGGGUGGGCAGCAAUACUGCCACCUACACACAGAACAUGUCGGCCCCACAGUUCUGGAACAACAACCAGAUCCAGUCCGACAUGCAGACUCUGCCACCACUCACCAGCCAACCACCUCCCGAGUUCUGGUGUACCAUCACCUACUUCGAGUUGGACCAGCAGGUCGGGGAGACGUUCAAGGUCCCAUACAGCUGCUCCACCGUCACAGUCGAUGGCUACACCGACCCCUCCAGCAUCGACAGGUUCUGUCUCGGCCAGCUGUCCAACGUACACCGGACAGAGGCUAGUGAGCGAGCCAGACUGCACAUAGGUAAAGGUGUGCACCUAAACUACCGUGGUGAGGGAGACGUGUGGAUCAGGUGCGUCAGUGACCACAGCGUCUUCGUUCAGAGCUACUACCUGGACAGAGAGGCGGGGCGAGCUCCAGGGGACGCUGUGCAUAAGAUAUACCCUAGUGCUUACAUCAAGGUGUUCGACAUACGUCAGUGCCAUCGUCAGAUGCAGCAACAAGCAGCUACAGCCCAGGCAGCGGCGGCGGCACAAGCAGCGGCAGUAGCAGGGAACAUCCCUGGGCCGGCAUCAGUCGGAGGUAUUGCCCCUGCUGUGGGUCUGUCAGCUGCAGCAGGGAUCGGAGUGGACGACCUGCGGCGGCUGUGUAUUCUACGACUGAGCUUCGUGAAAGGCUGGGGUCCUGACUACCCACGCAAGAGCAUAAAGGAGACUCCAUGUUGGAUUGAAGUGCAGCUGCACCGACCGCUACAACUCCUGGACGAGGUCCUGCAAGCCAUGCCCCUCAACGACCCCCGACCUCCACGAGGGUUCUUCCUGGGCUGAGUGCCACGUGUUGUGUUGUAAGGUUAUUGUUGACGCUGUGUGCGAGUGUUGUGUUAUACUGGUCUUCACGGAGACGACGGCUACAAGGCAAAAGGUGUAGCAGUCAGCCGAGUCUGCAGAGUGAAGACGACGGAGGGUAAAAAGACAAUGCCAAAUCUACAUCAAACCAAAGCAUUCUUGUAUCUGAGUAUUUUACUCCAAUGUAAUCAGGGAUAGAGAAUUGAAUCAGUCAGGCAGACUAGUUGUGCAGCAGAAUCUGCUGUUGUCAGAUGUAACAGGCUAACAAUAGUUACAACGGUCCUGAAUAAUGAGGCUAUAGAAGUAUGUUCUCCUUGCAAUAUUUAGGGAACACAAUAUGUUUGCUUACGUCGAUCCAGAUCUUUGGGAAUCUAUUCGAUUGAACUAUACUGGCAUUAUUUUAAGUAGAUGUUAGUUUUAGUGUGGCUGAUACAAGCUUAUCAUAUUAGACAAUCUGAAAUUUAACAAGACAGGCUUCGUACUAGUGGAUAGAGUCGCAGACUGCUGCUUCAUUUCUGAUGCCUGUUUUGUGAUGGUACAUGGGCUAACGUUUUAUGCUGUUUCUACUAAAUGCCACUUCUGUCUCUGGAACUCUAUAUCUAUUAUGCCCUGGCUGGUACAUUGAGGUUGCCUUGCAGCUGGUUGACUGAAACACUUGUGCUAACAAUACUGCAGAAGAAGGGGACAGUUAUUACCUCAAGGUCCUAUUUGACCUAAAGGUCAAGGUCAUGACCUGACUACAAGGUCAAUGUCAAAUAUGUCCUUACUUGGUUAGUUUGGAUUAAUGUCAUUAAAUGCUUGAUAGAAUCAGGGUUGUUAUAUCAAUCAGGUCAAGGUCAUAUCAACCAAAGGUCAAGGUCAUGACCUGACCUUACUUUGAAUGUAAUAGAAUAUUUUAGACUUAGAUGUUUAAAUGUAUUCUAAUGUACUGUAUUGUGAUGUAAGCUUAUCAAGCUUGUAUUUAACUAUUCAUAUAAACCAUAGUAUUACAGAGCGAGGGAGUACGGAAGGAUUUGGAGCUGAUGUGGAGGAUUCUAUCACUGGAUUGUCUGGUCCAGACUCGAUUAUUUACAGACCGCCGCCAAAUAGCUGGAAUAGUGCUGAGUGCGGCGUUAAACAACAAACAAACUUGUUUUAGUGAUUCAUGCAUUCUUGUAUUUAAACAUAGGCUAUCAUUCACAAAGAAGAAUUUAGACACGGUGUGUCAUUUCUACACACCGAGAUGUUUCUGUGUGUGUAUCAUGUCCGUCAUACGUUAUUACACAUUUUAUGAUAUCUUCCAAGCUGAACUUAUCUGUCUGUUUUAUGUAGGUGUAGUCUUUAUGGAGGGUCCAUUGAUAGUUAAUCCCUAUGGUGCAGUGUAAUUCAAAAGCACUCAAAGUGUUGACUUAAUCAAGAGCUACCAUGAUUGAGUAAUUAUUCCAUUUCUCAUAAGAAUACCUUGAGGGUUUGACAUUUGUAAGACUGCAGACCUUGGAAGAUUUGUUUAAAUCAUGAACUGGGAAGUUUCACUUGUUAAAUGUGCUAGUUUGGUAUUUACCAGAGUCCAUCUUUUCAUGAUUCUUUGGAUAAAGGAGAAAGGUAGAGCGCUAUACUUGACAUUUGAAUAUCGUCUUGUUGGCACUGAGACCAGAAGGUCAGUGGUUGGAUCCACAGUUGUGUCAUAACCAAGGACUGCAUUCAGCAUUAGGGGAAUAAAGCUUGUGGUUAUUGGGGCAGAGUCCGUAUAUUCUAAUUCUGUACUGUCAUCCUAGAAAAUGCUUCAUGGGUCAUAACUUGCAUUGCUUCUAGUGUCAUCCUAGAUACAGUGCUUCUAGUGUCAUCCUAGAUACAGUGCUUCUUGGAUUGUCCUUGAUGGAGUGCUUCUAGUGUCAUCCUAGAUGCAGUGCUUUUUGGAUUGUCCUUGAUGCAGUGCUUCUUGGAUUGUCCUUGAUGCAGUAAUUCUAGUGUCAUCCUCGAUGCAGUGAUUCUUGGGUUGUCCUUGAUGCAGUGCUUCUAGUGUCAUCCUCGAUGCAGUGAUUCUUGGGUUGUCCUAGAUGAAGUGCUUCUGGGUCCUCCAGGAUGAAGUGUGUCUAAGCUCAUCCAAUAUUUAGAUAUUCAAAGAUAUCAUACAUCAAGCGAUAUAUCUUUCACUCAGUGCUUUUAAAAGACAAAUAGUGCUCUAAGGGUCGCCCGACCCCCACUGUUUCUGUGACAUCUCGCUGUCAUUACUUCCAAGGUCUGCAGUGCUAGUGUGUAAGGUUCUGGAGAGAGACAGUUGAGCUAGGCUGUGGCUGCUUGUGCUCGGUGUUUGUGUUUGUCUUCCAUCAUUGACUUGUGAUGUCCCGUGUGUUGAGAACUGGCUGCCUCCAACUGAAAUCAAACUAUCCAAAACUUUCAAACAUCAACACAUUUAAUUCAAUUUUGUUCAAGAUUUUUUAAGGGAUUUUAUUUGGCUUACAGUAAUGUAGGGAGCACACAUACAAUUAAGUCAAUAAGGAUUGUUGAAAGAAUAUGGGUAUAAACAAUAGAAGGUAUUACACUAAAAUGGUGGACUUGUGUUGUCAUGUUCCCCAUCGAAAUUCAGUUCGAGCGUCUGAUCUUGGUUGUGGGUAAGUCAGUGUACAUAUCUGUGUUACCAUGGUUACUUGUCAAUAUCAUCAGUGCUAUAUCUUGUCAUGUUGUUACCAUGGAUACGUCAUGUUGUUUACUUCCAGCCAUCAUUAUGUUUGAUUACAAUGUUGUCAUGGUUACAGUACAAUUUGAACAAGACUUACCGACCAUCUACCACUUCUGUUUGUAGAGGCUGAUCUUUCACAUCAAUAUUUAUUGCUAGGCUUUUUCAAGGAAACUUUAUCACCCACAGUGUAUAUGGUCCUGAAGGUAGGUGUAGAGGAGUAGAUUGAGGAUAGUAAAUAUGUAUACCCAAAGCAGCGGACUGACAGUUUAGUUGUUGGGGCAGGAAGUUUGGUUUGAGAUGAAACAUUAUUUAGGUCAGUGUUCAUCUUGAACAAUUUCUUUCAAUCACAACAGAUUGUUUCUGAACGUCCUGCCUGUCCUUUGAAGAUUUAUGUGUUUAAAACCUGAAGACAAUUUUUUGUCAAGAAUUAGAGAUUUCACCUUUUUCAAAGACGUACUAGGUUCAUUCCCAGAACUAAGAAUGGUCAGACUGGCGUACAUGUCUGUUGAUUUUAUAGCUAUUUUAGAUUGUAGGGUUCCCUCUCUUGGGACGACAUCCUGAUGUUGCCGCUGAGAUUUUACAGAAACUUUUAUUAUUAUAUAUGCCUAUGGAGAGCACAAUGUAUUAUUCUGUUUUUAAAAAAUGAAAUUGAGAAAUGAAGUCUCAUGAUGUUAACUGAAUCCACCGUAAUAAUUUGCAUUCAGCCAACUGGUUCACAGAUCCGUCGUGAGAUUUUAGAUUUAUAGUAUUUAUUAUGUCCCAACCCAGACUGUAAUUUUAUCAUUCUUUUUUGUUCCAUCAAUUGCUGAUCCAAAUCUAACUUAAAAAUGAUUACGAAAAUCCUGUACAAUAUACAUGUAUAAUCUUUCUUAAUGUUUUUGACUUACUGACCAAAGGUAUUUUUUACAUUUUUUCUGCAUACAAUUUGUGGAAGUUUGUGUUCCAAGGGUUAAUCACAUCAGGUGUAUCAAAUUGGGUCUGUCUGCAGGAAUUGUCUGCAAAUGUGCUACUGAGUGUCCAAUCAAAAUAAUCUGUGGUGAUACAGUAGUUUUAUAUGAUUUUAUAUCAAGGACUUGUCAUGUUAUUUUCACCAGGGUAUAAUAUUUACUCGUCAGUGGUGUAGAUGUAAUAAAUUGUGUUACCCUGUCAAAUGGUCCUUCUCUGGUGUCUAAAGCGGUCAUGUGGAAUCAGGUAAUAUCGUCCACUUUGAUCUAGUGAAAAAGCCAAAGAUCAAAUAUUUUGUAUCAUGAGAUAAACUAUUGGAUGGAUAGGCAUUGAUAAUUUGUUAUUAGACAAGUAGUUCUGUUUUACAUGCUAGCUGGGAUCAGAGUAUCAUGUAUGUGAGGUCCAUAAGGUAGACCUAUAGUUGUUAGCAGAGCCUAUGAACAAAUGAAUGUCUGGUGAAAUACCUGGUGGAUACGCUCUUAUCAGAUGGGUCAUAAUCGGUCCAGGAUCCGAUUCACUAUCUGUUCUUGCAUGCCUGGAGUUAAUUCUUCUAGAUUGGGGGAUGGGGACAGACCAUGCCACGAUCCCAGGACUUCAGGUUCUAGGCUGACACGUGGUGGUGUAACGGAAUAACCAGUUAAAUCAGCAUCGCUUACCAUUAUAUUUUCUUGAGAAAGGAGCAUUUUAAACCAUAGAGCUACUCAGAAGGGUAGAGACUGCAGGAAAGUUUUGAAACCCUCCAUUAUGUCCAAUAUUUGUCUUUUGUAAAUCCUGAACACAAAUACUGAUUUCCAUCAUUUCAGGAGAUAAUAUUUAUUCAAAACAAUGUAACCCCAUCCCCUCCAGAAAGAGAAAAGUUUCCAAAUAGUCUGCAUAUUACAUUCAUGUCAACACGGAACAGGAGCCGUAGCUUGCAUUCAGACAGACCACAGACUUGGUGCGGAGCAAAUUGUAGGCACUAUUUAUGAAAGGAUAGCAGAGUUGGAAUCAAUACCUUAGGAGGUGUCAUAUUUGUUCAUUUAUCAACUAUUUCUGUAUUUUCAUGUCUACGUUAAAAGCUUGGCAUUC